UUGAAGUGAUUAGGACAGCCCCUGUUCUGGAAGAAGCUGUACUGAUUGUUUUGCUGUCAAAGUUGCUGGUCGUGGCGGAGCUGUGGUUCCUCCUGGUUCAUGGUUUAGUUUACAGGGAUUUCUGUAGGCUGGGAUCAGUAACAGAUGGAAGACAAAAACAGCAUACCUGUGAAUGGCUCCGGUGACAACCAGGACUCUUCCAAGACGAAAAAGUCUGGGCGAACCUCUCUGUUAGACAGCGGAGAAGAUUUUGAGAUGUUGGAAGAUGUUGAUGAUGGAGUAGAUGAUGACCUUCCACCAUUAGAAGAUGCAGGAGGAGGAAAGAAACAGAACAGCCAGGCAGAGACAGCUAAAACAGAAGCCGUUACAGACAACAGUCCUUCUCUUCCUCCGGAGGAAUGGCUGGAUGUGUUGGGGAAUGGACAGCUGAGAAAGAAGGUUUUAGAGCCUGGAUCUGAACCCGACAGCAAACCUCAGAGGGGCCAAAUCGUCACUAUUAAUCUUAAGACCUCUCUGACUGACGGAACCACGGUGGAGGAGGAGUCGAACAUCUCUUUCACUCUUGGCGAUGGUGAUGUCAUGCAGGCGCUGGAUCUCACUGUACAGCUGAUGGAGAUUGGUGAAAAGGCCCUGGUUGAAGCUGGUUCUAAAUAUGCAUAUGGAGCUUUGGGGAGCUCUACUCCUGCGGUGCCCCCUCAUGCUGAUCUGAUCCUAGAAAUACAGCUUCUGUCUGCUGCUGAGGCUCCAGACCUGGAGCUUCUGUCUCCCUCUGAGAGGAUCAGCCUGGCCAGCAAGAAACGAGAACGAGGCAACGUUCACUACCAACGUGGCGACUAUGCAUUUGCUAUCAAUUCCUAUGGAAUUGCUCUGCAGAUAACAGAAGCAAGCUCGAGAGUGGACAUCAGCCCACAAGAAGAAGAGGACUUGUUGGACGUGACGGUUAAAUGUCUAAACAACAUGGCCGCUGCUCAGCUCAAGCUGGAUCACUAUGAAGCUGCGCUGCGCUCAUGUGUCUCUGUCCUCGCUCACCAGCCAGACAAUAUCAAAGCUCUGUUCCGGCAGGGCAAGGUACUAGCUCUGCAAGGGGAGUAUGCUGAGGCCAUUAGGAUUUUAAAAAGGGCUUUGAAGUUGGAGCCAAGUAACAAGACCAUCCAUGCAGAACUGUCGAAGCUGGUGAAGAAACACUCGGAGCAGAAAGGUGCUGAGCAGGCUAUGUAUAAAAAGAUGCUUGGAAACCCACCUGACAUCAACACGGUACAGAAACCCCAGGCCAAAUCCUCAUGGGGUCUCAGCUGGAAGUGGCUGUUUGGUGCUACAGCUGUUGCUAUUGGAGGAGUAGCCUUGUCUGUUGUGAUUGCUGCUAGAAAUUAAUUGGAGUUAAUGGUGAUGCUGGUGCAAAAUAGACUUUUAGGUAUACAAACACACCUGAAUCAUAUUCCAGUAACAUAUUUUACUACAGAUGGUGUCAAUAUUUUUUGUUCAUUGCAUGAAAGGUAACAUGGGGAAAAUAGUGAGAAGUGUUGUAUAAAUCUAUUUAUAUGCACACACUUUCUCUCUGAUAUCGUCACUGUCACUCAAAAACCUUUUAUCUUAGUUUUUGCUCACUUUCUUUUUUUAAAAUGUGAAUCAUACAUGGACCAAUAGAAAUGAAUCAGAAAGACUUGGAAUAAAAUAUAUUUACAUUGACUUCCAUUGAAAUAUAAGUUGAUUUCUGCUUCCUGUAAUGUUGGCAUUUUAGAGAUACAAGGUUUUUUUUUCAUGACAGCAGCUAUCUAUAAUAAAUAUGCUGUAACAUUUGUUUGUUGCUGCCAAUUGCCCAGUGCUCUGUUUGUAUUUGCAGGGUGACGACUGAACUUGACAAUUAAGUUCAGGUUAUGUGAAUUUAUGAUGUAAGCUUUCUGAAACUUGCUAAUGUGAAAGACACCCUGUGUGUGAGGUUGUGUGUGUUAAAGGUUGUACAUAUUUCUAGUACUAAAUCUAAUAUCAUAUCAUUUAACAUUCUUACUCUUUUACAUUAUUUCCACAGCAACUCAUAUUGUGUAUGUAUGAGUGUGCGUGUGUACGCUGCUAGCUUUUAGUCACCAUAGCAUUUAGUCUUGAAUCUAAGCAGAGCCCGAUAUUUGAGAGUAAAAAAAAUGCUGAUUGUGUUAAACCUAAAAAAAUUAACUUUUUACUUGGUAUGUUUUUUUUUUCCUCAGUAGAGUUUUCAUUUCUGAUGACCAAACACUGUUAAUUUUUUUUCUCUUUUGUGUUUCAGCAAGACCAAUUUUUGUUCCUUUUUGAUUAUUUUGCUUUUGAUCUAAUUUUGUUAAAGGCAUUCAUUUUAUGUACAGCAUAUUUAUUUUUAAUGAAUAUAUUUUGCUCAGCUGAGGUUUUUGAGAAUUGGUUUUGGAAGUCCCAACCACAUUCCUAUUCCCCUUUUUUGUAUUUUUAUUUAAAUAUUUUUUUGCACAUGUAAGUUCAGGUCUGCUUGAACACCUGCUCAUUUGUUUAGUGGGCGGUCAAUGGGGAAGAAAUGACAGUGAACGUGAUUAAAUACCUACAAACACUA